GGAAUGAUAUUGCUACUCCUUUUUUUGCUUCUUGCAGAAACUAAUCCACUAUAGUCAAAGCCUCUAACUCUCUAAGGCUGAUCUACUGAUUCACAUCGCCAGGAAAUAUCAAAACGGAUGCCGCAAUAGCAAGUCCCGUGGAUAACUUCGUCUCUGAUUGAUUCUCAUUACAGUGCCUUUGCUUGGUUUUCACUAUAUUUCAUUCUGAUAAAAUUCACACCUUCAUCACACCCUGUGUUUGAGAAAUUUGAUCAAGAAAGCGAUUAUGGCAAGAACAGGGAAUAAGAACAUACAAGCCAAGCUGGUGGGUACUUCUUGGGGACAUGGGAGCUGGGAAAACAAGUUUGGUAUUGAGAUUUGUCACAGGAAAAUUUCUGGAGUACCAGGAAUCAACAAUUGGAGCAGCUUUCUUCACUCAGGUUCUGUCAUUGAAUGAAGCUACCAUAAAAUUUGAUAUAUGGGACACAGCAGGUCAGGAACGUUACCAUAGCCUGGCUCCUAUGUAUUACCGCGGCGCUGCUGCAGCUGUUGUGGUGUAUGAUAUCACAAGCAUGGAGUCAUUUGUACGAGCAAAGAAGUGGGUUUUUGAAUUGCAAAGACAAGCAAAUCCAACUUUAAUUAUGUUCUUGGCUGGAAACAAGGCUGACUUGGAAGAGAAGAGAAAAGUAGGAUCUGAGGAAGGUGAACAAUAUGCUAAAGAAAAUGGGUUGGUGUUUCUCGAGACAUCUGCAAAAACUGCACAGAAUGUCAAUGAGCUCUUCUAUGAAAUAGCAAAAAAAGUGGCUAAAGCUAUCCCUUCUCGUCAAACUGGGAUAAAAUUGCACAGCAGAUCACAACCAAGUAGCAGGAGAUAUUGUUGCUCUGUAUGAUUCACUCCCUACGUAAAGGUUUGUGAUCUAUUUCAAGGACCCUGGUCCAACAAGUUGGAAAACUGAACUGGUUGUGGUGCAUUGAUGCAUCAACAUGAUGAUGAUGAUGAAGACCCAUCUGCAAAGUCGUUACGCAUUUGAAUAUCGUUUGUGUACAUUAUAAACAAAUAUUAUCUCAUUACAAACAUUGCCUUUGUUACACUACUCAAGUGAUGUUCAUUGAUGCAAAUAGUGCUUCUGCUGCCUAAUAAUGUCCCAAACAAAUUGUGUCAAAAA